UAUUAAACUGGCUUUGUUCCACCCACAUGAGUGGGCGAUGUGAUUCCCAGGAGGAUAUGGGAUUGAGCAUCAUCCGAAUGCAUGGCAGUUUUGGGCAGGAAACGUAGACUGCCGUCUCCAGGGGGUUCAAUCAAUCAAUGGUACCAGCGCUCUUUACAGAGCAUGGUGUAUGCGCCAGUGAGUUCUUUGAUGGCUGCUGAGUCCAAUGGGCUAGUGACAGCACCGGAGGGCACACCCACGCACGAGCAAUGCUCUGAAUCCAAGCAGCAGAUGCUUUCCUCCUCUGACGCUGGUCAUCACAAAACUUGAUCCAGUCCACCUCGCAAUGCUUCGCUCUAUCUACAAGCUGACUCCGUCAACCAGAGCGGCACUCUGCAUUCCUUUCCCAAUCAUCCACAGCGAUUCCAAAGGAUACAAAGUCCUCUUUGCAAGCAUCCCAAAAUCUGCGCAGUGGUCUGCCUCUCUAGACCCUUCGCGAGUUUCAGAAUACAGCACGCUCUUCGGUAGUCCAGCACUCGCUUGACCUGUCCAAGCCACCUAAGUCUUUUCUUACUAAUGAAUGUUCCCGUGAAUGACGUACCAGCAUGAUUUAACACUUCCAUGUUUGUCACGCUAUCUUGCCAUCUUAUUCAAAGAAUUUUACACAUGUAUCUGAUAUGAAGUGGGGAAUAUCAGCAUUCCUCUGUCCAACUCGCCUGAGGGGCCUAUCUGGUCAGAGAGAUUUGAUAGAUGGAUAAUAAAAUGGCGUUGGUUCCCUAUGACGACAGUGCGGUCUGGGGAUUGCAGAAGUUCCAUAAAUCUUCAUCUGUGUAUCACUUUGCCAGCCACACAAUCCAAAUCAAACAAAACUGGAAGCAACUGGGUGUAGCAGCAGUCGUAUGGGACGCGGCUGUUGUCCUGUGUACUUAUCUGGAGAUGGGAAGUAUUGAUCUACAAGGGCGCUCAGUGAUUGAACUAGGAGCAGGAACUGGAUUGCUGGGAAUAGUGGCCACGUUAUUGGGUGCUCAUGUCACCAUCACAGACAGGGAAGCCGCACUGGAAUUUCUCGAGUCAAACGUUCAGGCUAACUUACCUCCCGACCUCCAGCCGCGAGCUGUGGUAAAGGAACUGACUUGGGGAAGAAACUUGGGGAACUUCUCACCAGGAAAGUUUGACUUUAUCCUGGGCGCAGACAUCAUUUAUCUGGAAGACACCUUUGCAGAUCUGCUUCAGACACUGGAGCACUUGUGUUCAGAACAUACUGUUAUUCUGUUAUCGUGUCGGAUUCGCUAUGAACGGGAUCAGAAUUUCCUGGAGAUGCUGAAGGGACGAUUUUCGGUACGUGAGGUCCACUACGAUCCUAGUAAGGAUGUACAUGUAUUCAAAGCACGGAGGAGCAUUCACAAGGAAGACUUUUGACUGCAUUUCUUUUCUCUAAUAUCAAACACUACUUGAAGGUUUGCUACUAUUAUUUCUACUACAUAUACUCUACUUGUACCGAUGAGCUUAAUUUCAAAGGGAUCCAUCCACUUAUGCCACAUCUGUCGCCAUGGUAUCUGAGCCCCUUUGAAGUUUGUAUGCUCCGCCCCUCAUGUGUAUAAGACUCAUUGUCAACAUUCUCAUUAUCACGGAGUGAGCUUAGAAAAGGUCAUUUUAAGAACCGGUUUAAACUUUUUCAGCCAAGAGACGCCCUGUGAGAAAUAGAGUUUAAUUGAAAACAGUUGUUUUGCUGGAAUAUAUUAUUUCAUGAAGGUUGUUCAGUUGUUUGACAGAAAAUUACAAACAAUUUUCUUGUUUCAAAAUUAACAUUUCCUUUUAGUUCUUGUAAAUUGAUUUUCAAAAUAUCAGAUUUUGGGGUUUUCCUCCUCUUUUGUCCCCAUUUUUGCCACCAAAUAGAAUAAAUAGAAUGAAGGAUGUUGAGGGUUUUUCCUUUCACUUCUUCUAUUUUUCCCCUCAUUGUUUCUCUCUUUCCUUGCUGUAACUUUUCAAAGCUCCCUGAUCUUUGAAAAGUUCGAGUGGAAAAAUGUAAACUAAACGGUGUAGAGACAAGUAACUGUCCCAGGACAUCCCAUUGUGGCCUAGGACAGCCCAAAGGCACCCUGCCUCAGUUUCCCUCUGAGUUCUGCCAAAAUAAUUCAGUCAUAAGCAAAGUCUUUGAAACAGUAUUCCUCUUCUCCUGGAGUCUGAUUUGUCCAAUAUAAUUCGACUCCCACAAAGCUUCCUUUCUACUCUUCUUCAGAUUUAGGGUCUGAGUCUGCCUUGUGACUGGGGCUUUAAAGUUUGGCCUCCCCAGCAUGUAACUUACCUCGCAAAUCUGGGAUCUCACAGUCCUCCAUCCUGUGUGCUGGUUGACUUCUUUAUCCAGCAACUCCUUAGUGCCUCUCCCUUAUAUAUCCCUAGGCUUGGCCUGACUUAGUCACAUGAUCAAAAUCAUUUUCUCACCUGGGGAGGCAAGUUAGGCUUGUCACAGGAGGACUGAGGCCCAUCUCCCCUUAAAGGGCCAGCUGCAGCUAUGCCAUUGUAGUGCCGUAAUAUGGACGCUUCCUACAUCAACAGAAAGUGGUAGCUAGGUCCUAUGGGGUGGAGCUUUAGCCUCCCUCUUAGCCUUGCUCUCCCCAAAUAUAGGGUGCCAACGUGAGCCCUGGUCCUCCCACUCCCACCAGGUUCCUAGGGAGGGUGUGUGGUGUCCCUUCUGAUGACCUAGCUGCAUCCACUCUGGGGGGUAGGUUGACCUAACUGUGGUGCUCCAGACAUGAAAUUUUUCACAGCCCUGAGCGAUGUAGCUAGAUCAGUCUAAUUGUUCAAUGUAGACCAGGACUAAGAAAAAGGAAAAAAGUGUCCAAAAAUCUGAAGCCUUGGACGCUGUUCAUUUUAUUGCACUCAGUAGCAAAAAGGAAAAAGUGAGGGAAAACAAACAAUAGUUAACGUUUUCAAAAAACAUUUCAUGAAAAUUUUAAAAAAAACCCUGCAAAACUGAAACAAUUUUUCUUUUUUUUCUUUUUUCCCCACCGGCUGUAGGAACUGUGACACUGAAGUCCUGUCAAUAGCAAGAUAGGCCAAAUAGCAGGGUGAUUUUAGAGCAAGACAUUUUAGGAUUCACACAGAGAGUGAACAUUCCUUGGUGCACCCACGUGUGUGUGUACACAUGCACAAAAAGAAGAGAUAUUGUGAGAUGAAGACAAAUGGAUUUUUAAAGACCCAGGUAGCCUUUGGGUCUCAAAGCGCGGUUAUCGCAUAGUGUUCUAAGCAUCACCACCUCAGUUACCUUAUUGCCAUGAAACUGCUUCUAUUAUUCUGACCUGAUAAUUUUUCAAAUAGGUUAAGGGCUCUCAGAAAGAGGAUGGUGAUGAAUUGUUCUCCAUGUUUGCUGAAGGUAGGACAAGAAGUAAUGGGCUUAAUCUGCAGCAAGGGAGAUUUAGGUUAGAGAUUAGGAAAAACUUCCCAACUAUCAGGGUAGUUAAGCUCUGGAA